AUGCAGAUGUUCAGUGAUUUCAACCAGGACUUCAACAGCCAACAAUUUGUCAGCAGUGGCCAGCCGGAAGUGCGGAUCCUUAGUCAGAAGUCCGAUCAAGAUCAAGUCGGCAACUACGAAUACAGCUACGAACAGGACAACGGACAGCGGAUGCAAGAGGUGGGGCGAGUGCAGCCAGGACCCGAGCCAGAGACCGGCAGUAUCUCCAUGGAGGGCAGCUACGAGUUUGUCGGCAACGACGGCAACACCUACCAGGUCAGCUACGUGGCCGACGAGAACGGCUUCCAGCCUCAGGGCGCCCACCUGCCGCAGGCUCCAGCUCAGAUUCCUGAGUACGAGCAGCUGAGGCGGGACUACCCGCAGUUGUUCUGGGCCGAGAACGGAGGAGCCGGCAUCAUUGUCAGCGACCAGCAGCAGUUCAACCAGCAACAGUUCGACCAGCAGGGGCAACAGUUCUUCUUUAAUUAAUUCACCUGGCAAAGUCAACUGAAGACCAGAAGAAUGUCAAGCAAGCGUACUGUGGACUUGAAAAGCAUGUGGUUCGGAGCGCGGCUUGUGUCGAUGAAGCAUGAACAUCGUGCGUGUGGCGCGUUGGCUGUGU